AUGCUAUUCUCUUAUUUAGCUCAUCGUCGCGCUUGUAUGGCCAAGCAACAAGAGCGUCAAAACCGCAUCGACGACCUCAACCCCGUAUACCACGAGCCCCUGACAGCACAGGAAUCACACAUGAUUUCCCUCCCCAUCUCUGCUCUCAUAUCUUCCGUCCAUUCCGACUCGCUCAGCCCAACGGAAAUCCUACUUGCAUACGGCAAACAAGCACUUAAAGCCCAUCGUGAGACAAAUUGUCUCACUGAGAUCAUGAUAAGUGAUGCUGAACAUUGGGCAAAUGGAUGCAAUAAGGAUGGGCCACUGGCGGGUGUGCCAGUGAGCUUGAAAGAUGAGAUUGGCGUGAAAGGGUGGGAUGCAUGUAUUGGAUACUCUGCAUGGGUAGGUCGACCACGCCAGGAUGACUCAGCUAUGGUUAGAUUGCUACGCGAUGCUGGGGCAGUACCGUUCGUGAAGACCAAUGUCCCUGUCACCCUCAUGUCCUUCGAGAGUGGGAACGAUGUAUUCGGGCGCACGACGAAUCCGUUCAGCAAAGCACACACUGCAGGUGGUUCUUCCGGAGGGGAGGGCGCAUUGAUUGCGUGUGGCGGCUCGAGAAUUGGUGUGGGUACCGAUGUUGCAGGGUCCAUACGUGUGCCUGCGCACUGGUCAGGGAUGUAUGCCAUUCGAGCCAGUGUAGGGCGUUUCCCGAAGACAGGCAGUCCGACGAGCGUUCCAGGGCAAGAAUUUGUACCAGCUGUACACAGUCCCAUGGCGAGAACCUUAGAGGACUUAGAGACUUUCUUCAGGGCUGUGAUAGAAAUGAAGCCUUGGGAAUAUGAUCAUUCUGCUCUGCAUAUGCCUUGGCGAAGCGUUCGUCUGGAGGCGGAUAAACCGAUGAAGUGGGGCAUUAUGUGGGACGAUGGUGUCGUAAUACCUUCUCCGGCUUGUCACCGUGCCCUGGAUAUCGUUGCACGUACCUUGAAAGCUCACGGUCACAAUGUUGUUACAAUAAAACCUCCCAGCCCAUACGAAGGGUUCGUGACAGGCUCCCAGUUGCUAUUUGCAGAUGCUUCCAAAACAUCAGUCCACCCUAUACGCACCGGUGAUCAACAGGAUGCCGGGGUCAUUCAAGCGCAAUUUAUGGCCUCGCUCCCGCGAUGGGUCAAACGCGUGUACGCUUGGUACCUCAGAUACAUUCGUGGUGAUGAGGUCUUUGCUGGGCUGAUGGAAACAUGGCACGAGAAGACCGUGUCGGAGUGUUGGGCCCUUGUAGCGAGACGGGAGGAGUAUCGAAAGGCAUGGUUCGACAUGUGGAGAGAGACUGAUAUUGAUUUCGUCCUCACUGUACCGAACCCGACACCUGCGGUCCCGCACGGAGGGAUGAAGCAAGGUUUCAUUGCAUGUGGUUAUACAUUUUUGUUCAAUAUGCUUGAUUACUCCGCAGGCGUACUUCCAGUCACACGUGUAGACUCCGCAAAAGAUGUGCUACCAGCUUCCUUCAAAGCUAGAAACACAGUGGAGGCUGGAGUAUAUGAGCUGUACGAUGCGAAAGCCAUGCAUGGCUUGCCUGUGGGUGUACAGGUUGUAGGGAAACGACUUGACGAAGAAAAGGUAUUGGAAGCGAUGAAAAUAGUGGAGAAGUUAUUGAUGCAAGACGGGUUGGCUUAUCCCGUGUUUACGUUGUAAAGUAGAUGUUUUUGAAUUGGCUAUUAGCUUAUAAAUGGUCACCACUUUCCUCGUGGAAUUAAAGAUGAAGGCAUGGAAUAUCCAGUUUUUGACUACUUAAUGUAUUACCUGCAAUCGAACAGAAGUUCCAGUUCCAGUUC